CAGCCCACUCGGUGGAGACUUUCUUCAAAGCGACCGGAGACUUUCUUCAGUUUUUAGCUUGGCUUCUCUGCCCCCAAUUGACUCCAGUCUCCCCACUCGUCUUCUUCUUCAUCCCCUCCUUUACUUGUUUCUCCUUGACACCAGAGAGAGAGAGCGAGGGAGAUGGCGAACAUCUGCGGUGGCCGGGAAAAGGCUCGUGUGGCAGCGGAUUACCGGCCGUCUAGCCCAGAUGAGGAAUCUGGUCUCCAAGAACCUAAUUCAGGGACAAUGAACUCCAAGGCAAGCAGCAGUGCCACCACUGGCUUCAUGGACUCUGUCGACAGCGACGGUACAAACGGUGCAACCAAACAGGGGUGUUUCCUCGAAGGCCAAAUACUGGAGGCACCGAACCUCCGAAAAUUCACAUUCCUUGAGAUCCAGACAGCUACCAAGAACUUCAGGCCAGAUCGUCUCAUUGGGUUCGGGGGAUUUGGGUGGGUGUACAGAGCGUGGGUCGAUGAGAAGACGAUGAACCCGACAACGAGUGGCCCUCACAUGGCUGUUGCUAUCAUGCAUGGAAAGGAGGAAUGGCAGAAAUUUCUGACUGUCAACUUGCGAUCGGACAUAAACCUUUUGGGAAGGUUCUCUCACCCAAACCUUGUCAAGCUACUGGGCUACUGCUGGGAGGGCAAGGAAGUAUUUCUUGUGAAUGAGUUCAUGGCCCAACGGAGCUUGGAAUACCAUCUAUUCACAGUUUCAGGAAGAUGUCCUCCACUAUCAUGGGAACAGAGGCUGAAGAUCGCCAUCGGUGCAGCUCGAGGACUUGCUUUCUUGCAUGCAUCAGAGAAGAAAGCUAUGUACCGUGACUUCAAGGCUUCCAAGAUUCUUCUAGAUGCAGACUAUAACGCGAAGCUAUCUGAUUUUGGGCUUGCUAAGCUUGGGUCACCUGGCAAUUCGCGUAUGACUAUCAUGCCCACGCGCACCCACGGGUAUGCAGCUCCGGAAUAUGUAAUAAGUGGUCUUCUGUAUGAGCAGAGCGACGUUUACAGUUUCGGGGUUAUGAUCCUGGAGAUGUUGUCCGGUCAGCUUGCGAAGGAUCCCAACCGCCCCAAGGGGCAAACGAACAUCAUCGACUGGGCAAAGUCAUUGGCUGACCGGAGGAAACUCUCUCAUUUUAUGGACCCCCGGCUCAAGGGCCAAUACAACUCCAAACAAGCCCUGCAGGCGUUGCAUGUGGCGCUGAGCUGCCUUGCUGGGGAGCUUAGGAGCAGGCCCUCGAUGAAGGUGGUUCUCAAGGCGCUCGAGCAGAUCUAGGCAAUGAAGAUCUGCGGAUAUCUAAAUCUAUGAUGUUGCUUUUGUAUUAUUGUAUACACUAGUCAUCAACCCGUGCUACCUGCACGGGCUAGCAUUUAGAGAACACAGAUAUUAUGCAUUACAAAAAUUUAAAAUCUAUUAAAUAACUCACAAAUGAGCCCAAGAUCACCAAAGAAUUGCUACCUUGGUGCCUGUAUAUGCUCCAUGUGUCUUGCUAUC